GAGAGAGAGAGAACCAGAGAGCGAGAGCACUGAGAGAAAUUCUGUUUGUUGAAAACACUCAAGCUGAGUGGAUGAGCUCCGGGUACAAGGUGAACUGAAUUCACGGGUGGAAAACUUCUUCAGAAACUGAACAUUAUACAUACAACAAAGUUCAUUAAGUGUUGUAGUGUGUUUCUGAGCGCUUCACACCAUCUCUCUCAUCACCUGAAACUAACAGCACAUGUGGUUUUAACAAUUGGAGGACGUGGCGCCUCUUGUCUUUAAAUCAGCAGAUAUCUCAUAUGAUAGGGUGGCCAUUGUGGUCAACAGUUUAGAAGAGCUUCCUCCACGUCAAUAGAGGAAAUGGUGAGAAGCCAACCAUUACAGGGCGCAGACACAGUGAUGCUGAAGAAGGCACUUCAAGUGCAUAUUUUAUAGGGAACAACAGUACGAGCAUUAUAUCAACUCUGGUAUUGUGACUGAGACGUCAUGGCUUGUGCAGACAUCCCUAUGGACAUCCUGGGUCCUGAAUCUGAGGAGCAGGAGUACGAGGAGGCCGGGGAGCAGAGAGGAGAACUACUGAUCAAGUAUUACCAAGCAACUGAACUAAUGCCUGCUCCCAAAGGACCACUCCAUGACCUGUUGCUGAAGCAGCCUGCUGUGUUGGGGUCUUUGCAGAUGACCAGCGGUCUACUCAGUGUUGCAGUAGGAGUUGUGUUUGCUGCCACUCGGGAUGCGAGCCAGUCCCUUUUAACCACGUUCAGAGUGGCGCCCUUCACGGGACUACUAUUCUUCAUCGCUGGGUUGUUAUCCAACCUGUUGUUCAAAUUCCCCAGACUAUUACCUGUCUGCCUGUGUGUCAACAUCGGCAGCAUGGUCGUAGCAGUAGUUGGAGGAGUGUUGAUAUGCGUUGACUUGGGCAUGGACAUGCCUACCUGGAAUCCCAAUGUUCAACAUCAUAUAAAGCUGGAGGUGCUGAUGCUCUGUGUGUUGGUCAUGGAGGUGACCCUCUCUGCUGUCCUCUCCUUCUGGAUCCGGGGAGCCAAACGCAGCCAUUCACUGUGACCUGUUAUCUGUCUGCCAGCUGUUCAUGGACGACCACAUCCAAAUAUAUUGGUGUUUAAAAAAUGAAAUGAUAGUGAGCGAGGAUGACAAUGGGGGAAGAUAUGCUGUGUUAAAGGGCAGCGCCGCAGUAAAGGGACUUAUCAUUAUAAUGUCGUCUCUACUUGAUGGUAAAUGAACUAACAUCUGAAUUUCCAGGAUAGAGUAGUCUAAAAACUGUUUAGCUUUGACCAUCAGUAUGUGCCUCAAUGUAUGAGAAAGUACAGCAGCCUCAGAUAUCUUUACCUACUAUCCAGCCUAUGUAGGCCAGCGGUGAGUCCUCAUCAAGGGGCUUGAUGAGGACUCACCGCCCCUACACCUAUCUGUGGGUUUUAGAGUACUGUCUCAACCUCGGUGAUUGCCUGCCUGCCUGCCUGCCUGCCUGUCUGUCUGUCUGUCUGCCUGCCUGCCUGCCUGCCUGCUACGAGUCCUGUCUGUGUGGUUCUUUCUGACCAGAUUGGUUGUGGUCUAACUCUACUGCGUAGCUACACACACACACACACACACGCACGCAAACACACAGCGUAGCUACACACUCCACUCAGACUGAGAACAACAGUCUUGUGGUCAAAACUAGAAUGCGUCCCAAAUGGCACCCUAUUCCCUAUUUAGUGCAUAACUUCUGACCAGGGCAUGGUAGUGCACAACAACGUAGGGAAUAGGGUGCCAUUUGGGACACGGACAUGUUGUGUUCUCGGAGGUGUCGAGGCAACCAUUCUUCAUUAGCGUUACCUCCUCAUUGGUUCGUUGUUCCCUAUUUCAACCAGUAUCAGUUCUUCCUGUGUGACUCUAUCUAUCUCAGUGUGUGUGUUUGCAGGGGUCUGUUUGUGGUUAAUGAUAAGAGUGUGUCUGUAUCUAGCAGUAGCUUUAGGCGCUAACUGUAAAGGCUGACAGCAUCAGGACAUAGCUUAAACCUACCAGUUGACAGUUUGAAACAGAGACAUUUUCGAAACAAAGCCCCCUAUGUUGUUUUUGUUUUCAACUGCUCACAUUUGGUCAUCUAACAGACUGGUAUCCAGAGAGAGGGCUUUGUCUUGCUCGCUUCAAACACUGUAAUUGUUGUUUGAGUAAAAAUAAUUUCCAUAUUAGGCAUUGGGAAAAAGCUGAAGUAAUAUCAUGUCAGAUGUAGCUGUGGUGCUAAACAUCAAAAAGCUUUUUAAUAUCCUGUUUAAUACUCUGUACAGAGAGACACAUAGUACUGGUAACGAUAAGAACAGCCAGAGAGACACAUAGUACUGGUAACGAUAAGAACAGCCAGAGAGACACAUAGUACUGGUAACGAUAAGAACAGCCAAAGAGACACAUGGUACUGGUAACGAUAAGAACAGCCAGACAGACACAUGGUACUGGUAAUGAUAAGAACAGCCAGAGAGACACAUGGUACUGGUAACGAUAAGAACAGCCAGACAGACACAUAGUACUGGUAACGAUAAGAACAGCCAAAGAGACACAUGGUACUGGUAACGAUAAGAACAGCCAGACAGACACAUGGUACUGGUAACGAUAAGAACAGCCAGAGAGACACAUAGUACUGGUAACGAUAAGAACAGCCAGACAGACACAUAGUACUAGUAACGAUAAGAACAGCCAGACAGACACAUAGUACUGGUAACGAUAAGAACAGCCAGAGAGACACAUAGUACUGGUAACGAUAAGAACAGCCAGACAGACACAUAGUACUAGUAACGAUAAGAACAGCCAGACAGACACAUAGUACUGGUAACGAUAAGAACAGCCAGAGAGACACAUAGUACUGGUAACGAUAAGAACAGCCAGAGAGACACAUAGUACUGGUAACGAUAAGAACAGCUAGAGAGACACAUAGUACUGGUAAUGAUAAGAACAGCCAGAGAGACACAUAGUACUGGUAACGAUAAGAACAGCCAGAGAGACACAUAGUACUGGUAACGAUAAGAACAGCCAGAGAGACACAUAGUACUGGUAACGAUAAGAACAGCCAGAGAGACACAUAGUACUGGUAACGAUAAGAACAGCCAGAGAGACA